UGUGUGUAGCCAUGUAUGAACCUCUCUUCAAUAACAAGUUCACAAAUGCACUUUUCUUCUACUUCUGCAUGCUACUUUUGCUUCUCUUUUCCCCAUUUCUUUUCAUUUGGGAGCUCAUCAACACCCUCCGAUCAUGUUUCCGGCCUACGGAAAACAUGGCCGGAAAAGUCGUUUUGAUCACCGGUGCUUCGUCCGGACUUGGAGAGCACAUGACCUAUGAAUAUGCAAAAAGAGGUGCAUGUAUAGCUCUAAUUGCGAUAAAAGAACCAGAGUCUAGACUCGAGAAAGUGGCAGAAAGAGCUCGUGAACUCGGCUCUCCGGAUGUCCUUUUUGAGUUCGCUGAUGUAUCGAAUGUUGAUGAGUGUCGGAUGUUUGUUGAUGACACCAUUAAGCAUUUUGGUCAAUUGGAUCAUCUUGUUUGUAACGCGGGAAUCGGACCCUUGUAUUCGAUGAAGAUUGACGUCACCAAAUUCAUACCUGUUAUGGACAUAAACUUUUGGGGAUCGAUUUAUCCGACUCAUUUCGCGAUCCCGCACCUCCAGAAAACCAAAGGCAAGAUCAUCGUCAAUGCCUCAUCGGCCGGAGUGUUGCACCCACCGCGAGGCGGCUUCUACAACGCAAGUAAAGCAGCACUGAUCGGCUUCUAUGAGUCCCUUAGGUUCGAAGUUUCUCCAACAAUAACGAUCACAAUCUUGACACUCGGGUUCAUACAAACAAACAUCACAACAGCCAAGUAUUCAACCACUGGGGUUGGUGUUCAUCUAAAAAGAGAUCUCGCAGAUGUAUCCCCGUCAAUGGGGGUGGAGCCAUGUGCCAAAGCCAUCGUCGACGGAGUAUGCAAAGGUGCAACCUCCAUUACACAACCAAGGAUCAUCAAGUCUCUCUUCUUCAUCAAGUUCUUGUUCCCAAAACUACACCAUUUCUAUUCCAAGACAUGGGCAGACCUAGUUAAGUGACAUGAGUGGCACGUGCCACCUUAUCGUUUCUCCGCCGAAGGGUAAAAAAAUUAGGUUUCGUG